UUGUCGCCCGACUGUGUGUAUGCGGCGAUAGUGAUGGCGUCCUCCGCAGCUCGGUGUGCAGCACGCUGGGUGUCAGUCACUGUGUCCUCUAAUGUCCGGACUUAUAGCACUUUUGCCUUCAGGCCUAAUGGAGCUUUGGCAAAAUUCGGCGGCGGCGUGUUUUGGUCGACGGGCAGCAGAGUUGGAGAAGGAACGGAAAAAGUGGUGACAUUGACAGGCCUGUUAGGAGGAAAUCCUCAUCAUGUCCUGCCGAAGCUGUCCUUCCACAUCAGUGCUGCCAGAAAUAAACAGGACUUUUACCAGAUUCUCGGGGUACCGCGCACAGCAUCCCAAAAAGAAAUCAAGAAAGCCUAUUACCAAAUGGCAAAGAAAUAUCAUCCAGAUACAAACAAAGAUGACCCACAGGCCAAAGAGAAAUUUGCACAGCUGGCUGAAGCCUAUGAGGUGCUCGGUGAUGAGAUGAAGAGGAAGCAGUAUGAUACGUACGGCUCAGCUGGCUUUGAGGCAGGCAGAGCCGGAGCUAGUGCGGGUCAGCAUCAGUACUGGAACAGUGGCACCAGAGUGGACCCUGAGGAACUCUUUCGCAAGAUAUUUGGGGAAUUUUCUGGAGCUCGAGGUUUUGGGGACUUCAGUGGCAUCUUUGAUCAGCCUCAGGAGUACGUGAUGGAGCUGACUUUUGCACAAGCUGCCAAAGGUGUGAAUAAGGAAAUCACAGUGAACAUUGAUGCCACCUGUCAGCGCUGUGAUGGGAAAGGCCAUGAGCCAGGCUCUAAGAUCCAGCACUGCCACCACUGCAAUGGCACAGGAAUGGAGACUGUGAACACAGGACCAUUUGUUAUGCGCUCUACCUGUCGGCGGUGUGGUGGCCGAGGCUCAGUGAUCACCUCUCCCUGUGUAGCAUGUAAAGGAACGGGUCAGAGCAAGCAGAGACGCACCGUCAUGGUUCCUGUUCCUGCCGGUAUUGAAGAUGGGCAGACGGUCAGGAUGCCUGUGGGAAAUAAAGAGAUCUUUAUCACAUUCAGGGUCCAGAAGAGUCCUGUUUUCAGGCGAGAUGGAGCAGAUAUCCACUCAGACGUUCAGGUUUCGGUGGCUCAGGCCAUCCUGGGUGGCACAGUGCGAGCACAAGGACUCCACGAGACAGUCAAUCUUUCAGUCCCUGCUGGCGUCCAGCCCGAUCAGAAGAUCAGGCUUUCUGGAAAGGGAAUCCCACGUGUCAGUGGCUAUGGUUAUGGAGAUCAUUACAUCCACAUCAAGAUUAAAGUCCCCAAGAUGCUAACUGAUAGACAGCGUGCCCUCAUUAUGAGCUACGCAGAAGAUGAGGCAGAUGUGGAAGGAACUGUAAAUGGAGUGACUGCAACCACUACAGGUAAAAGAUCUACAGGAAACUGAGAGAGCAGUGAGGGUGAUGAGGACACAGGGCAGCUGCUAUGACCAACUGCUGGACACUAGAGAAGAGAAGCAAGAGUGUGAGAUCUCUCACUUGUCAAGCAGACGGCCCUCAUGUCUGCAUCCACCAGUUCCUUACAGGCCUUAUGACCCUGCUGAUCCACACUGAAGGUGAUCUCGCUAGCUUCGUGUGCAGUGUGGUCUAGUCUGUGGAAGGCAUUCAGAGAGCUCAACAAACGCACAGAAACUUCUGACUUGCAUCAGAACAAAUGAAUUUUAUGUUGCAACGUUUUUUUGUCAAAGGUUGUAUACACUGUUCUUAAAUCAUGUACAAUUCCCCCAUGUUCCAUAAACUGUGCUUUAAGCCUGUAUGCCAGUUAGGUGUGAGUUUUUCAGACAAGUUCUGAGAUUUCUCUCUGCACAGAUGAGGUGAGUGCUCAAUGAUCUUCACAACUUACAGGACACAGUGUGUUACAGUAACCGCUGCUCUGCCUCAUUAGCUGGUUUUAUUUAAAUGUUGAACAUGUCACUCUUUAAACAGAAGUCAUAACAUUUUAUGAUCACGCAUUCAAUUAAAGGGGACAUGUAACAAACAGGAACGUCACAAGUCACAUGUGUUGGAAAAGUCUUUAUUAGUCUACAAGAUUAAUCACAUAGUGGGAAGGUACAAAGGAUACAUAAUGUGCAGACAGACAGAGCUAUCAGCAAAAACAGUUACUAAUCCUAAGCUAAUUGUACUGUUAAGCUGUUCCACUAUAGUAUAGUCCCCAGUUAAAGCUGCAAUACAUAACUGAAUGAAUGAAUAAAGCCAUUUGAUGUGGACUCUCAUUUUGCUUUUACAAACUCUGUGUAUUCAACUUUAUCACUGUUUAAUUUUCUGUUUGUCAGCAGCAUUUGUCAAAAUACACAUCAACCUUUAUGUAACAUUUAUGUGCAUUUCUUCUAACACCAGCUUCUUUGCAAAGCCUUUUCUGAAAAAUCGAACUUCAGCAUAUGCAGCCUGCUAUUGUAAUGAAUUCGGUGAACAUGACUAGAAUUCCAGUGUAGUCUCUGCUAUAAAAAAAAAAAAAAUCCAA